GACAAUAAUUACUUGUGAGCUAUUGUUAUUAAGCUAUUGCCAUUCGCAAUAUUAAUUGCAUAAAAAAUAUAUAAUUUCAUUAAAAAAUAUGUUCAUUAUUCCUGCUCUAAAAGGAGUUAAAGCCAUUUGCAAUACUAUCUCGGUUAAAUAGUUUCCGAAAUUGCAUGAAAAAUGCAUCUAUUUGUUUAUUUGAUGAACAUUUAAAUCAAAAAUACUGGCAAUAGAGAGUAAUUGUGAAUGUUCAGCGAGAAGAAGAAGGUAAACAAAAAGGUCAGCAAUUUUGGCGGGUUUUUAGUUUAAGGCAUUUCGUUCGGUCUGUCCAAAACAUAAAGUUAAAUAAUAAUGGAUCUAAAUGAUGCAGUUCUAACUUGUGCCGUCAAUAUUUUAUGGACUAAUGCAGUCGGUGUGACAGGUAAAAAAAUGGUUUUUAGGACAGCGACAUUACGUUUAAUACGGAAUGAUGUGAGGGAACUUUUCAUUGAAGUCGCCGGUGAAAAAAUUAAACCAAUAAAAUUCAAGCUGAAAGAUGUGAUGGUACAUAAGAAAUUUAUGUCGGAAGGCAAAGCGACAAUUAAUUUCAAAAUUGAGAAGUGUGCAAUGUAUUUGUCAAAUGCUCCACCUGGCACCUUAAUGUAUUUCCUCCGCACGAUAUUUAUAAAAUUAAAUGGUGGGGAACGGAAGGAUGAGGCUACUACUCAAAAACAGUUACGAGCUCAUAUGUUGUCAGGAAAGCCUAGUAAUUUUGAAGAGAUCUCUCCCAUAACAACAACAGAGAUGAUUAUGGCCAGGAAAAAAGCUGGAUUGUUAGGACGUGGCACUGCAACAACGCCAUCACCACUGGCUGCUAAAAAGCGACGAUUCGAUGAUAUAAAGAUAGGUGAUGGAAAAGUGACUUCGAAUGCACCUGCAGCGAAAAGGCUUUAUCAAGAUAAAAGCACAUCGCUAGGAAUGGAAGACAAUUUGAAACUUUGUGAGGAACAGUUGGAAGUCUUACGUGCAUGCACUUCAGGCAAGAGCGUGUUUUUCACAGGUUCUGCAGGUACAGGGAAAAGUUUCCUGUUACGUAAAAUUAUUUCAGCUCUUCCACCAGACGGUACUAUGGCGACUGCAUCUACAGGUGUUGCUGCUUGUCUGAUUGGUGGCACAACCUUGCAUGCUUUUGCCGGUAUUGGCGGUGGUGACUAUGGACUCACGCGUUGCAUUGAAUUAGCCUCGCGAGCAGCAAGUGCUCAGAUUUGGAGGAAAUGUAAAAGACUCAUUAUAGAUGAAAUAUCUAUGGUGGAUGGACAGUAUUUUGAGAAAAUAGAAGCAGUUGCAAGACAUGUGCGUAAAAAUGACAAGCCUUUUGGCGGAAUUCAACUGAUAUUAUGCGGGGAUUUCCUACAACUACCGCCUGUGGUAAAAAAUGAAAACAAUUCGAAUCCAACGCAACGGUUUUGUUUCCAAUCAAACGCCUGGGAGAAAUGCAUACAGAGCGUCUUUGAGUUAAAAGAAGUACACAGACAAUCCGAUCCAGAAUUUGUAAAUAUAUUAAAUCAUAUUCGAAUUGGGCAUAUUAAUGAAGAAAUUACAAAACGUCUACGAGCUACAUCUAAACAAAAGAUUGAAGGUGGUGGUAUUCUAGCAACCCAACUUUGUUCGCACACAAACGACGCGCAAUCCAUAAAUGAAUCAAAACUUGAAAGUUUAAAAGGCGAAAAAAUGUUAUUUCGGUCUGAGGACUCGGAUGCGAAUAUGGUAAAACAAUUGGACUCACAAUUGCAAGCCAUUUCACAGCUAUAUUUGAAAAUUAAUGCUCAGGUAAUGCUUUUAAAAAAUAUUAAUAUAUCUGCUGGUCUGGUAAAUGGAGCCCGUGGUGUUGUGGUGCGCUUUGAAAAGGGUGUACCCGUAGUACGAUUUAAAAACAAUCGUGAAUAUGUUUGUACUCAUGAGAAGUGGAUAAUAAAAACAACAUCGGGGGGUACAAUCACACGGAGACAAGUGCCUUUGAAAUUAGCAUGGGCAUUUUCAAUUCACAAAAGCCAAGGUCUUACAUUGGAUUGCGUUGAGAUGUCACUGUCGAAGGUAUUUGAAGCUGGGCAGGCUUAUGUUGCUUUGUCACGCGCGAAAUCAUUGGACUCUUUACGAAUAUUAGAUUUCGAUCCAAAACAAGUCUGGGCCAAUGCACAGGUCCUUCAGUAUUACAAGCUAUUUCGCAGACGCUUACAUGACAGUACAAUGAUACCACUAGGUGCAAAAAACAUAAAACGUGAAAAAAAUGAUCCGAAAUCGAGUGCUAUAUCCAAAUUAAAGAAGAGUCUAAUGGAUAAACCAUUAGUAUCUAUAAGCUAACAAAUACGCAACUACUUGUUUAGAUAUGAAGUAAAACUUUAUAUAUUAAUUUAAUUUAGCCUUCCAAUAUCUCAACUAAAAUUUCUCAAUCUGUAUUAUGAUAAUUUAGUUUAAAUUUGACUAGUAUUUAUAAAUUUUUUAAAGUGGCAGUACACAUCAAGCAUUACAUUAAUACUCAAAGAACUACUGAAUCUAUAAUAUUUUUUUAAUCUUACAAUAACCGAUCUAUGUUUUCUUAUUUAUAUAUACAUUUAUACUACAAAGUGAUAAUUUUUUUAGUCAAAUAUGUAUUUUUCUCAAACACUUCCUAUCAUACCCUCUUAUGUCAAAUGCAUUUGGUAUUGUACAAUACUUUUAUUAAAGGACGCAUCAUUAUAUAAUAUUACACUGCUUUAUAGCGAAUUCAAACUAUUGUGCCUAUAUAUAUCAGCAAGAAAGAAGUAUAUAUUACGCUAUAUAUUGAGUGCAUAGAGACAAAAGACAAUUGAGCAUUGUUCUUAAAAGUAUCAUAA